CGGCUAGCACAAACAAGGAUAGGCAGUCGACGACAAAUCCGAUCAUCCGUCGCAUUUUAAGUCUUGUUAUUUUCAAGUUUUAAGCAACAAUUCGCAAUUGUAAAAAAUGGCAGCUAACAGCGGAGGAGUGGAAUGGGCCUCCGUUGUUAAACCCAUACUGUCUUCUCAUGGAUCUUUCACCAAAAGUGGAGUCGUCGAACUGUCCAAAGCAAUAAUCAAAAGUGAACAUGAACUAAUAAGCCACGAUGAGGAACAUGAAACCUUCUACACAGUGUUUGCUGCUUUGGCAGCUGAUCAUAUCAGUGCCAAUGUCGGGAUUGUUUGGCGUAGUCAAAUUGGGGUUGUCACUCAGGCUGCUCGUAUUCUGCUUCAGUAUUUAUUGGGCAGAUUACAAGCACAAAUGGCUCUGGGUGAGAAAUCGUCUGGUGAAAAUGAAACAGUUCAAGCCCUUUCAGCUAAGCAACUACUUCUUCCAAUUAAAGCACUUUGCUCUGGGUUCAGUACAUUGACGCUUGCUGAAGAAACUACAUUAGCCUCACUCAUGAAAAAUUCAAAACUGCCAGCUCAUGUUGCUGCUAGUUUAUCAGGAGAUAAAGACUCCUCUCCUAAGGAAGCAAAAAGGUCUAGAACUGACCUCUCAAGUACUAUCCUGGAGAGACUAGCCAUGCCCAUGCAUGACUUUGCUAAACCAAAACAGAUAAUUUCAACCCCUAUUGUUGAAGCUUCAAAUAAAGCAACUGAUGCUACAUCUACAAGUGCACCAGAUGCUUUUUAUGAUAUUGAGAGUGUUUUUGUAAUGAAGAACAUUGCAACUCUUCAGACCUUGCGUGCUGGAGAUCUUUUGCUUGAUAUGUGCCUUUCAUUACCCCAUCUAAGUCGGUACAUCCACAAAUACAGAGAAGCAAUUAUGAAGAAGGCUUUAAGUCUUCCAUCAUCUCAUUCUGAAGCAACUUUGAUUCGACAUAGCCUUCAGGCUCUUGUGUCUGACCUUUCUCUGGCAUGGAGUGCUAUUUCUCUCCCAGUCUUAGAACCUCUGUCUCCUGAGAAAUUGGAGAAACUUAGCACAUUGACCACAUCAUGUCUAUAUGCAGCUGUGUGUGUAGCUACAGCCAGUUGUGUGUUGGGCAUUACUGCUGCUGGGCAGCAAAAAUGUACUGGUGGUAAUAGUGGAGCAUCGAAAGUUGAAGAAGACAGUCUGGCUGACUCUCUAUCAAUUACAGUAGUUGAGAAGGCUUUGGACAUGUUCAAUUUGGCUUCAACUGCUAUCAAGAACUCUUCAAAAGCUGGAGGUCACAUACACCAGAACCAUCUUUUGAUUGGUGUUUGGGUUUUGACUACUGGGCUUCAGACUCAGCUUUCAGCAUCAAGUUCACUGGUGCCAGAAAAAAGUGGAAGCACUAAAGAUGAGAAAGGGAAGUCCCCAAGUAAAGCUCGAGAGGGAUCUAAUCGCAUUAAUUUAAUGAAAGUUCAACAAGGCUUUGGUGUACUUUCUGUUGCCUUGACUUCCAGAGCUCUCACAAUGAUGUCUACACUUUUGGAAGAUCUUCAAAUUGAGGGCCCUAUCAACGAAUCAAGUGCUGAACGAGCAACUGUAGAGCCUGCAGGACUCUCUAUUCUUGGAAACUACACUGCCUUAAACAGGGCAGCUCGAUUUUUAUCUGCUGCUCCUCUGAACCAGCUCUUGUAUUGUGUUGCUACUAUUAGUUAUCGUAAAGCCUGUUCUCUGAAAAGGAUCCAAAAGCAUCCUCCUGAAGGUGAUAAUUUUAGCACUUCAGAUUCAACAACUUACUAUGAGGAUGAUUUGAUAAGUUGUUCUGAGGAGAGUUCAGGUGAUGAUGAUGAUGACGAUAGUGAACCUAUUCUUGGCUUGUGGUUUGAGGAGACAGUUUCUGUACCUGACUCAGACAAAAGUGGUGCUGGAAAUCAGAACACUAGUGAAAGUCAAGAAAACAAAGCUGCUCGUGGAGCUGAUGGAUCGAGUACUAUUGUUCCUGAUAAGGGUGAACCAAAUGGCUACAUAUCACUUGCCACUCAAAUUUUUCAGUUUAUGAAUACACACUUUCUCAGCAGUGAAUCAGCCUACAUCUGGUCAUAUGUUCAAUCUGGUCUCACAGAGCAACAGAUGGUCAUUCUCGCUGCUAUUGUUCGUGAUUUAGACAGAGAAACAGCUCGUACUGAAACUGGUACAAUAUCUGUCUACUUUGGCCCCACACUAGGACAACUGUAUACUGAAUUUUCUCAGGCGUUAGCCCGUUACAGUCACAACCUGCUGGCUCGGAAUGUUCUCAGUCCUGCUUUGCAAGCAACACUCCUCAGUCACCUUGGUGUGAGCCCAUGGGCUGCUCCUGUAGACAGUACCACAUCAUGCACUUCAUGGCCUCUGCAAGUGUACCCCAGGACUCUCGCCAUAUUAGCUCAGGUUUUGCUGCUGAAGUCUCAACAAGACAAAGAGGCUGCAUGCAUCAACAUAUGGCACAGGCUUAUCAACACAUUAGUGGACAAUGUUGUUAAUCCUCCUCCCACUUUUGAUGUUGAGAAUGAAGACUUAAAUGUUGAACAUGCUCAACUUUUGCUUUUCCUGUUCCAUUCUCUCAAUUUAAUGCAGAAGAAGUCAGUUCUUUUGAUAACAGCAAGUGGUGUGAUUCGUUGUGCAGAUGUUCUAACAAACAUGGGGGCCAGUUCCCCUCCAAAAGAUACACAGCUGUUGCAUCUUGCAAGAUUGCUACUUCUGCUGGAGUACUUGGUCAAACAUUUGUACGAUGCUCCUCCAUAUCUUCUCGAACAAGUCCAAUGGAAUCUAUUCUCUGCAACUUCAUUAGAUGCAGACACCAGUGACAACAAAGAUGGAUCUCGCCUGGCAUCAAGGAUUUACAUAGCUUGGAGUGAUAUUGAAAACAACUUCAGAAAGUUUGGUCCUCAAGAUGAAUUUUCAAUGCGACCUCGAUUUUAUGGUCUGGCUACAGCUGAACUCAACAAUCAAGAUCAACCAAAAUUGGAUGGUCUGGCAUGCAAUUUCAUUUUGGGCACUCCAGAUAAACUUAAAUAUCCCCAGCUAAUUGAUGCACUUCUUCAAAUUUUAAGUGUAAUUGAUUUAAGUGUACCUCUACCUGGUGUUACUGCUCCUAAUUUUACAGCAUUGUGUGCAAUGCAGUACUGUUUUUCCAUCAGCUGGAGACUACUGCUGCUCCUUCCUCCCUCAACUCCCUAUAUGGAUAGACUUGCUCUUGGUGAAGAUUUGCCAUCAUCAUCUUUCCUCAUGUACUCUUUAGUUUGGGGACUCCGCUCUGCAUUCAAAACAUUUUCCGGUUGGAUGAAGGAUUGUUUGGUGAAGCAAGGAGUAUUCACUCAGUACGCCGAAAACCUUGUAAAAACUGUGUGUAAAGUUGCCGACAGUAAAGGAUAUGAUGUGAUGUUGGCUAAAUCAUGUAUUAUGGAGCUCCUACCACAAGUUCCACAAGGUGGAAUCAUACCUCAAGAGCUUCUGCCACGUCUCUUUGACUUGUGCCUUCUAGACACUGUUAUAGCUCGUGUGCAAGUACAGCUAGAUGAUAGACUAGCAAGACCUCCACCUACUGCAGAAUCUCCCAGGAACAGUGCUACCUUUUCUCCUGGUGACCUGAGUCUAAAUAGCCUGCAAAAUGUCAUAGAUCUGCUUCCUUUUGUCUUGAAUUUGACGGAAGCAACCCUAGCAGCAAUUAGGUCAACUUUGGUUUUCCAAAUGAAUGAUGCUGUUGAUCCAACGGACUCUGUUGACUUUCGUCAAGUUUUAUCUGUAGCUUCGUCUCGUUCUCCCAAGACUAGUGUUCUUGGUUCUGCUCUCAUGGUUCAUUUGCCUGCUGGAGUUCGAUCAACACUUGAGAAAUGGAAUGCAUUGCCGUGUCUUGACUCCCCAUGGAAUACACAUGCCAAUGAUUUGAUUCCUGCAGAAAGCUACUGCCUCAGUGUUAUAAAUUCACACGUUUCAUCCUUAUCAUCACAACAAACUUUUAAUACCAAUGUGUCAUUGAAGCAUCUAUUACAGUCACUUGUUUCAUUUAUUGGAACUUUUGCUGAUCAUAUUGCUUCUUUUAGCAAAAAUCUGUCGGACUUACAAGCACGUGUGGUUGGCAUAUUAGUGCCAUUAACAAUUGAUGCAUGUACCGAGUACUUACAUGAUUCAGCUGUCAAAGCUCUUGAAAAGAUUUUAGGAGAUGCUGAUUCUGAAGAGCAUCUGAAAACUGUGUAUUCUGUUGUUCUGGGACAUGUUUUCACAUUAAUCAACAAUUAUACCAUCAAUAACUACACUGAUCCAAAGAACCCUAACAGACCGUGUGCACCGGUUGAUUGUGGAAUUCUUCAAGAUUGCCUAGCCUUUUUAGAGGGCCUACUGGACAAACCUGCAGGUCCUGCAGCUUUGGAAAAAUUCUUUGAUCCCACAUUGGGUGGUGGCGAUUUGGUCAAGAUACUUCUUUCUAUUGCCUCUCCUCAGACCGCUCAUUCCCCUCAGUAUGGCACACGAGUUCUGCGGUUUUUCAAUAGAAUAUUUGCUGCAGAAGAGAAGAGCCAAGGUGAUUCAAGCUUGGAUCAUCUCUGUCACACCAUAUCCCGUCUUGCUACUGUGGAUUCUUCAAUUCUUGAAACUUGGAUUCGUCAUGUUGUUUUGGGUGGGGCUCCGAUUUCAAGCCCCUCAGCUCAGGUUGUUCCAGCCCUUCUGACUUGCACUACCUCGAUUGAAAAUGCUCAAAACGCAGCCAAUGAUACCAUUGCCGAAGCUGCAAGUGAGCAAACGCCAGUGCAAACAACCAUGAAUGUGACAGUGCCAGCAGUUACUGGGGCAGAAGAACAACAGGCUCUUGUUCAAGAAAAUGGUCUUUUAUUGCAAAGCUUAACAUCUUACAUGGUGAAAGAGAGGGGAGCAUCCUGUGAAGAUGCCGCUGUAGCUCUUUUAAGGGCUAUUAUACCUUUUGGUUCUCAGGUCUUAUAUCCACCAUUAGAGGGAGCAGGUUUCAAUGAAUUGAUGGGGGUAAUGGCUACUCUUGCAGAUGCAGGAACAGGUCGUGGUCAUAUUGAUCUCCUUGCUGCCUGUCCUGAGUGGUUGACAAUCUGUAAGGAGUACCUUUGUACCAACGAGUCACUGGAAGCCAUGGAAUCACGAGAAGGGCCAUCUAAGCGCCAAUUGGUUAUGUUUGAAGCAUGCACCUGUCUUCUGGGCUACAUUGCUGAUGUGUUCAGCUGUCUACCACACAAUUGUUCUGUUGUACACGCACCAAGAGCUACAUCACCUCCAUGGGAAGGCGAAUCUCCACCUGACGUAGACGCUGAUUGGGCUGAUGAGAUUGGACAUGAGGAUGAAGACAGUAGUGCUGAAGAUUCUGAUGAAGACAGUUUAUGUAGUAAACUAUGCACGUACACAAUUACUCAAAAAGAGUUCAUGAAUCAACAUUGGUAUCACUGCCACACAUGUAAAAUGGUUGACAGGGUUGGUGUCUGCACUGUGUGUGCAAGAGUGUGUCAUCGAGGUCAUGAUAUUACCUAUGCAAAGUAUGGAAACUUUUUCUGUGAUUGCGGUGCUAAAGAAGAUGGUAGCUGCCAGGCCCUUGUGAAACGUAGCCCUCAGUCAUCCAAUGAGCAACAGGUAAACCAGAUAAAUAGCACCAUUGAGCGUGCUGCCAGUAAUUCUGCAGCUGGGGCUUCUGGAACUCAAGGAGUGGAGCAAAUGCUGCAAAGUUCCCUACGCCGCCGGGCCUCAUCUCCAGUUAAUCUUGACAAAGUGCACAUAGCUAAAGAAAAUAUGCGGCUUAAUGUUCUUCAUGAAAAGCUCGAUCAUCUACGAGAGCCCUUGAUGCAAAUAGUAUCAGAAAACAGCAUGGCUUCAACAAUGCUUGAGCUCUUGAACAACCUCAUACCAGCCGUUGACCUCAUGUGUCAGCUUGUUUCGCCUGUUGGCUGCCAUCAGCGUUGCCAGAUUGCCAUGAAAACUCUGCACAUGAUUCCUAAAAAUUACGAAUACAAUGAUCAGCUUAUGGUCCCCACCCUUGGUUCUCAAGAGGGAGCCUUCGAAAAUGUGCGCAUGAAUUAUUCUGGUGAUCAAGGCCAGACAAUCCGACAGUUGCUCUCAGCUCACAUGGUUCGUCGUGUGGCCAUGUGUUGUUUAUCAUCACCUCAUGGUAAACGUCAGCAUCUGGCUGUUUCGCAUGAGAAGGGGAAAAUUACAGUACUGCAGCUGAGUGCACUCCUGAAGCAGGCAGACGCGUCUAAGCGCAAGCUAACCUUGACAAGACUUGCAUCUGCUCCGAUUCCUUUCACUGUGCUUUCUGUGACUGGCAAUCAAUGGAAUGAGGACUUCCUUGCAGUAUGUGGCCUGAAGGAAUGCCAUGUUUUGACAUUCAGCAGUGCUGGAUCUGUUGCAGAACACCUUGUUUUGCAUCCUCAACUUGAAACUGGCAAUUUCAUAAUACGAGCUAUCUGGCUCCCAGGCUCUCAAACUCAGCUUGCACUUAUAACUGCUGACUUUGUAAAAAUUUAUGAUUUAAGCAAGGAUGCCUUGAGUCCUCAGUACUAUUUCUUAGUUCCCACUGGGAAAAUUCGAGAUUGCACUUUUGUAUGCACUGAGGACAAUGUAAUGCACAUGAUGCUAAUGUCAUCGGCAGGCUAUAUCUAUAGUCAAGCAAUGGAUGAAGAAAGUCAGGCAAAACAUGGGCCAUUUUACGUGACAAAUACAUUGGAUGUAGUUCACACUGACAUACGGGAAAAUAAUGGUCAAGUGUGUGGAGGUGGAGUGUCCAUCUAUUACUCCCAUGUAUUACAACUACUUUUCUUCAGCUAUGCACAAGGCAAAAGCUUUACUGGGCAUUUGCAACACUCUAAAGGAGAAUGGACAAUGCCAGUAAUAUUCCCGAUUUUGCUAAACAACAACUCCAACAGCAAAGCAAGCACCAACUCCAGUGGAAAUUCAACAAGUGGAACUUCUAACGGAGGAAAUAAGCCAGCUUCCCAACCACUUUGUCAGUGGAGUGAGGUUCCCAACCAUCCAGGCUUAGUUUGCAGCUUGUUGCAAAGCAGUAACAAUCCAGUUAUAUUGAUGAUAAAACCUGACAGUAUACUGGUUCAAGAAAUUAAAGUGGUUCCUGCAAAAGCUAAAAUAAUGGAUAUGGUUGCCCUUAGACAUCCAUCUUCUCAUGCAGAUCAUCGUACUACCCUAAUAUUGCUUUGUGAAGAUGGUAGCCUUCGUAUUUACAUGGCCUCUAUGGAAUACACAGGUUUCUGGCUCUCUUCCUUGGUUCAAGCUACUAGCCCAAUUGCCAACUUAAAAUCAGCUCGCAAGAAAAAGGCAGUUAAGACUGUGAAGCCCUCAGGGCAGAUAUCAUUCCCAGUUGACUUCUUUGAACAUUGUCAGGCCAUGAAUGAUGUUGAGUUUGGAGGCAAUGAUUUACUUCUGAUUUACAAUACUCAACAAAUCAAACACCGACUAAAUACAGCUGGGAUGUAUGUUAUGUCCACCAAACCUACUGGUUUUACUCUUGAGAUUUCAAACUCUGACAACUCAUUAGUAAUGACGGGUCUGAGAGUGCUCCUCGGAAGUCAGGAUCAAACAAGAGCUCCCUCAUAUGUAGAAAUAUUUGGCCGAAGUAUACAAACCACCAUCACACGGAACCGUUGGUUUGAUAUUCCUUUCACUAAAGAGGAAUCCUUACAAGCUGAUAAAAAGAUAAGUGUUGUAUUUGGUCCAUCAACUGAUCCGGAUGGUGUGACUAUGGUGGACUCAGUAAAAGUUUAUGGUAAAACCAAAGAUGCCCUUGGUUGGCAUGAAGAGCAAGAGGAGAAUGUCAAUCCCACUCCAGCACCACCAGCAACUGGCACCCCAACUGAGAAUGAUCCAUUAGGAAAUCCUGUGUCACUUCCUCCACUGAAUCCCUUGGACAGAAUUGUAUCAGGUCUUUUAGAAGUGCUGGAAGGUUGUUUUACUGUCACCAGUCACCUGCCGUUAGAUGACACUCGGCUCGACCAGCGCUCCAAGGCACUUAGCUUAGCCACAACACUUCUUACCCUGCCUACUCCGGUAUUUGUCCAAAUGUGUACCAAGACUCUUAUUUUUGCCCUUCAUUCAAAUCGCAAUUCUUACCACAGCUAUAAAGAUCAUGCCCUGUUAGUUUUUGUGCAACAGUCUUUGGCUCAUCUUAAAACUGUACAAGAUCCAAGUGAUCUAGAUGCUGAAGCAUUUUACCGGCUGGUUCUUAUUACCCGAGGUGUAGCUGUUACAAGACCUCACAACUUGGCUAAGUUUGCUGAUACACGUGUACAGUAUGAUAGAUGUCUUGUUGACUCAACUACUAAUGAGCAGGAGAAACCCAAACCUGAUGAUUCAAACCAUCUUCUGACGCACAUGAUCUCAAUACUAUGGAAGUUGCAUGGUUGCCACCCAACAAACCUUGCUCUAGCACCUGUCUGUGUUCCUGGCUUGACUCAUGUUGAAGCUACUGUCCAUGCCAUGGUUGAAAUUAUUCAUGCAUUCACGCUCAGUGACAUGGAAGGCACUAUUGGUCUUGCUGCCCAAAUGUACCGUGAAAUGUUGAUGCACUCGGAUCCAGCUGUCAGUUUCAGCGCUAAACAAGCCAUGUGUCGCGUGCUACGACCACGAUCUCGUCGACGCCGGGUUUACAUCCCCAGUCCACCACACUGUAGCACUCCGGGGGGUACAACUGAGAUGGAAUCUGAGAAAGGGCCGGUGUCACAACCCUCCCAAGAUUCUUCUGAAGCUGAGCCACCACACUUUGAGGUGGAUCAAGUAGAGCCACUGAUGUUGCUGCAAGCAGAUGGAGCUCCUGCCCAACCAGCCGUUGGGCCUGUUGCAGCAGUUGCCCCAGCUGUUUUGAAUGUUAAUCAAAUGGAGGGGCUCUUAGUUGGGGCUCUUGGAGGUGCGCUUGGUGGAGCGCUGGGUGGAGCCCUUGGUAAUGUCCCUGCAGGGUUUGCUCCUCUAUUGGACAUACCACCAGAUGCAGACGAUGAAACAAUGGUUGAACUGGCUAUUGCUCUCAGUUUGCAGGACCAUGAUGGGGCUGAUCUCCAAAAUCUUCAGCAAGGACUUGCUAACCUGGGCGGAAAUCUUCAGGGGUUAGCUCAAGGACUUGUCCAAGUUGGACUUGCAGCACAGGCUGAAGCUGUCCAAGCAGAAGCAGGACAUUACUCUGAUACAACUGCUUCAGCUGGUGGUUCAGAUGAUGAGGGAUCAACAGCAGCCACAGAUGGCAGCACUCUUCGUACUUCUCCAGCAGAACAGGGUGGAAGUGCUGGAUCCGAGAGUGGUGGUAGUGGUGUGGACAGCAUAACUGGUGAACACAAUGUAUCAGGAAGAAGUUCAGCCUAUGGGGACAACAUGCAGGAGCCUUUGGUUGGUGCCAGAAGUGAAACUAGCUCAUUAGGUGUGCCAACAGGAUUCCAGGUUCAUGAAGGAGAUGGCAUACUAGAACCAGAACAAGAUCAUGAACCAGACACUGAAAAUUCAACAAGGUUGCAUCAACUGCGACUUCAGCUUCUAGAACGUCUGUUGGAAUAUGUGCCAGAACUGAAGGAUGUUGGAGGCGUUCGUUCCAUCCCCUUCAUGCAGGUUCUUUUGAUGCUUGCUUCUGAUCUUGAUGGAGAAGAGGAAAAAGAUCGUGCAUGCUUAGAAAACAUGCUUAAUACAAUUAUUGGGGAGUUGAAUAUGCGUAAACCUAACAACAAGUAUGUGUCGAUUUACCAACGCUCAAAUGAGAGAGAGGUUCAUCUGGUCAUCAUGCGCCUCUUAAGUGUAUUGAUGUCAAGAUCCAAAUCAAGUACAAAGUCAAAUCAUGACAGUUCAGCAUUUGCUGCUCAAAUGUGUGCAGUUAUGCUAUUCCAAGCAGGUGUUAUUGACUACUGUCUGAAGCUUCUGAAAGCACUUUUAGCUUACUGGAAAACGACUGCACCAGAGGAACCAGCUAAUACACCAGGUUCUUCAUUACUCAAACCACAUUUACCUACUUCACCACCUGACAUGUCACCUUUCUUUUUGCGUCAGUAUGUCAAGGGGCAUGCAAAUGAUGUGUUUGAAGCCUAUCCUCAUUUACUGACAGAAAUGGCUUUAAGGCUUCCCUAUCAAGUUCAGAAGCACUUGGACAAUUCUCCUCCAAUUCUUAUUACAUUUGAGCAGGCUUGGUUUUACUAUCUCUGUGAGUACAUGAUGACCCAACAAACACCUUUUGUACGACGCCAAGUCCGUAAACUUCUUAUGUUCAUCUGUGGAAACAAAGACAAAUACCGUCAGUUACGGGAUCUACAUUCUCUUGCAACUCAUGUAAAGGCUGUAAUGCAGUGUGUUGGUGAAAGUAGCAGUCCAGACUCACCAACUCCUCCUUCAUUGAAUUGGGUGCAACUACCAUAUGACACUUUAGUGGGGCUGGUUGAACAACUCAAAGCAUGCGUUGAAAUUGCCACAAGUCGUACUCUGAAUUGGCAGAGGUACUGUCUGGGGGAUGAUCACAUUUUGCCUUUCCUUCUUCGAGCGGCAUGCAUGCUUGAUGAAGCUGUUGCGCCACCAAUUCUUCAGUUAUUGGAAUGUGCUGUGUGUUCUGCUAAGGAAAUUAAACAAGCAGCUGCAGCCGCUGCUGCUCAGUCAGCCAACCCCAGCGCCCCUGCUGCAGUACCUCCUCCACCUGUGCUAAGGAAGGACCGAGAAAAAUCUGAUGAUUCUGAUCUUGAACAACGUUUUGAAGAUGCUCAGUGUGUCACCCUUAUUAAGCAGAUCAACACACAGGUUCCACAAGAGCAGAUUUCACAGUUCAUCAAAACUUUCCUUUUGGAGACCAAUGCAACAUCAGUACGUUGGCAAGCUCAUGCCCUAAUCUUAGCAAUAUACAAGAACUCUUCAGCAACAGAGCAGGAGAAGCUGCUGGAUCUGAUGUGGCAACUUUGGCCUUUACUACCAGUUUAUGGAAGGAAGGCUGCUCAGUUCGUAGACCUGCUUGGUUAUUUCUCCUUAUGGACUCCGCUAUCUACUCAAAAGAGGACUGAGUACAUAUGUUCUGCUGUUGGAGUUCUGCGUACACAAAAUCAGUUACUAGCUCAUCAUCCUAAUGCAAGCCUAUACAGCCAUUUAGCACAGUAUGUUGAACUGGAUGGUUAUUAUCUAGAAAGUGAGCCUUGCCUUGUUUGCAAUAAUCCAGAACUUCCAAUGACAAGCAUCAAAUUGUCAGGAAUAAAGAUUGAUUCUAAGUUCACAACCACCACUCAAAUUGUGAAGCUUGUUGGAAGUCACACCAUUAGUCGUAUCACUCUAAGAAUUGGAGACUUAAAGCGCACUAAAAUGGUCCGAAACAUUAACAUCUAUUAUAAUAACCGCACUGUUCAAGCUGUAGUGGAGCUAAAGAACAAGCCAGCUAUGUGGCACAAGGCCAAAAGGGUCAGCCUUGUUUCUGGUCAGACCGAAGUAAAAAUUGAAUUUCCUCUACCAAUUGUUGCUUGCAAUCUCAUGAUAGAGUAUGCAGACUUCUAUGAAAAUAUUCAGGCCACAUCAGAAACCCUACAAUGCCCUAGAUGUUCUGCAUCAGUUCCAGCAAAUCCUGGAGUAUGUGCCAAUUGUGGAGAAAAUGUAUUCCAAUGUCACAAGUGCAGAGCCAUCAACUAUGAUGAGAAGGACCCAUUCUUGUGCCAUGCAUGUGGAUUCUGCAAGUAUGCAAAGUUUGAUUACACCUUGACCGCUAGACCUUGUUAUGCAGUGGAUCCUAUUGAGAAUGAUGAUGACCGAACAAAGACUGUUGCUACAAUCAAUUCUCAUUUAGAAAAAGCGGAUCGUGUGUACAAACAACUCAUCAGUAACAAACCUACACUUGAGAUGUUCCUUCUAAAAAUUAGUGAGCAUCGUCAAGAUCGCUCAUCUGAUGAAGCUUCUACUACCACUGGCAGUUCAGGUGUUGGAGGCACUCAAGUAAACAGGGCCAUUCAGUUAUUGGCCCAGCGCUAUUGUGGAGAGUGCAGAACUUCAUUUGAGGAGCUAAGCAAAAUAAUACAGCGAGUUCUAGCAUGUAGAAGGGAGUUAGUUGCAUAUGAUCGCAACCAAAGAGAACAAAUUCCGACUGUAAUAGAGAGAUCUGGCAGCCUAACAAGCUCAACAAACACCAUUGAUCUAUCAUCUUCUAUGACUACUGACUCUUUGUCAACUACUGCAAGUCCAUCUGCAGGUCGUUGUUAUGGCUGUGCUUCAGCUGCUACUGAGCAUUGUUUGACUCUCCUUCGUGCAUUAGCCUGCAGUAAUGUAUCUAGACAAGUUCUUUGUUCUGAGGGCUUGGUUGCUCAACUUGCUGAAAACAAUCUCCGCCGAGGCACUGUUCAGGUUCAAGAAGAAGUCCGUCAAUUAUUAUGUUUACUGACGAGGGAUAACCCCAAGGCCACCGAGGAGCUUUGUGCUCUUCUUAUGGAUCGCAUUGCUCUUACUUUAAGAGGUCACCUAGCAAGUGCUGACUUGUCUGCUUCAGUGCGCCAUGAAAUGGCCCUUUUGUCAGCCUUAGUACACAAAGAAGAUUCAUGCUGGGAACAAAAAUUGAGAUGUGUCAUGCAAUUGUUUUUGAUGGCAUGUAAAGAUUCUCACUCUCCUGUAGUUUUAGAGUCCAUUACUCUACCAUGUCUCAAAAUACUAUCAGCUUUUAUUAAACCUGGUCAACCCAGCUCCAAAAAGAACAAGGAGAAGAUGAUAGGUGAUUUAGCUACGAUCACUCCUGUUGAUGGUGUUGUUGUGGACGUCCGCAAAUGGCUCAAUGGGGAUCCAAAGCAUUCUUACUCUUCAUGGCACAAACAUAUGCCGAGGCGCAAUAGUGACACUCCUCCACCAACAAACAACGGACAGACUCUUUCCAAAGUGGAGGCAAGAGCACAAUACCUUAUGGAAAAAUAUGGCCAAAGGUGGAGGCAACGAACUCUUUGCCAUGCCAUGCCUCUUAAAUUGACUGACACAGCAUGGCUGAAGCAAGUCCUUUUUAAUCCAAGCUCUCGUCUGGCAAGGAUUGUAGCCUGUAGUAUGCUUGAAGGACUAUGUCGAGUACCUGCUUGGAAGAAAGACAUUUUAGAUCUGCUCACAGGCUUCCUGGGUGAAUUGAGCUCAGCAGGAGAAAGUGCCUCAGAUUUUCUAGCUUUAUAUCAAAGUUUGCUUUAUCAAGCUCCUUGGAGACAAUACCUGGCUGUGAAAGGUGUUCUUCUGCAUCUUGCUGACUUGCUCACCAAGGAAAUUGAAAUUUUACACCGCUUAGAGGACACUACACUCACCUCUGACUUGGCUCAGGGGUAUGCCUUAAAGCGCUUGACAGAGCUGCUUGCUUCAUUUCUGGUUGAAGAAAAUAUUAAACAACAAUUUAAAGGACGUUUGGUGGGAGCUGUCCUCAAUGGCUACCUUUCUCUGCGACGAUUAGUUGUCCAACGCACAAGACUGAUCGAUGAUACUCAAGAAAAACUUCUGGAAUUAUUAGAAGAGAUGACAAGUGGUACAGAAGAAGAAAUAAAGGCUUUCAUGAAGAUCUGCAUAGAAACUGUUCAAAGGUGUAGCAUUCAGGAUGUUCGCACGCCUGUUUUCAUUUUUGAAAGACUCUGCUCUAUAAUUUUCCCUGAAGAAAAUGAUGUAGGGGAAUUUUUCCUUUCUUUAGAGAAAGAUCCUCAGCAAGAAGAUUUCCUUCAAGGCCGCAUGUUAGGUAACCCUUAUAGUAGCUCAGAGCCAGGAUUGGGGCCACUAAUGAGAGAUGUCAAGAACAAAAUUUGCCAAGACUGUGAACUUGUUGCUUUACUUGAGGAUGACAAUGGAAUGGAGCUGCUAGUCAACAACAAAAUUAUCAGUUUAGACCUUCCUGUUCGUGAAGUUUAUAAGAAAAUCUGGGUUGCAGAGGGAGGAGAUGGUGAUGUUAUGAGGGUUGUGUACCGUAUGCGUGGUCUGCUUGGCGAUGCCACUGAAGAAUUUGUUGAGACACUUCAUGCAAAGAGUGAGCAGGAAGUAAAUAAUGAAGAAGCUUAUAAAAUGGCCAAUGUCAUGGCCGAGUGUGGAGGACUGAAAGUAAUGUUGGAUCGGUUAGCUGCUGUGAAAGAUACUUCUAGAUCUCGACCCCUUCUUCAAGUUUUACUGAAACUCUUUAGGCUUUGUGUGAAGGUUUGCCGCAAUCAAGAGGUACUUACACAGCCUGAGUUAGGUGCUAUGACCAUCUUCCUUCAAACUCUCCAAUUGUGCCUUACAGCUGAAACAGCUUCUCUCACUCAGCAGCUAUUAGACAUCAUGGAGACUGUUCUGUCUAAAGCUGCAUCUCAGCCUUUAUCAUCUUUUGAAAGGUUUUCUCAGACUUUUGGUGGAACAGAGCAUAUAGAGUCCCUCCUCACUUGCACAACAGCGCCAGCCACACGCAAUAACUCAUCUGUGAUCCUUCACCUUGCAAGGGUUCUUGCUGCUAUAACAUACGGCAAUGAGGAGAAAAUGGCUCUUCUCUGCAAUCAUUUCCAAUCAGCACUCGAUUUUAAUCGUUUUGAUUAUGAGCACACCUCUGAUGAUGAGCACAAAGUGGAGCUUUUCUGUAUCUUAACUGCUGGCAUAGAAAGAAAUGCCAUUGGAAACACCUUAAAAGAUCACAUCAUUUCUUUGAAUAUUGUGAAAAAUGCCUUAGAAUAUAUAACCAGUCAUGCUCCUUGUGUUAAACCUACUUUACUACGCACAGACAGUGAGGAAUGGAAAGAGUAUAUAUCUAAACCUGCCUUGAAAUAUGUGCUUCGAUUUUUAACUGGCUUGGCAGCUGACCACCCUGCUACGCAACUUGCUGUAGCAGCAGAAUGCAUACCUAUCAUACAUCGCUUGGAACAAGUUUCCUCAGAUGAACAUGUGGGAUCUCUGGCAGAAAAUCUGCUUGAGGCUCUGCGCACUCAUGCAGGUGUUGCAAGUCGCAUUGAAGAAGUCAGGGAGCAGACCAGAGCUGAAAAGAAGCGAUUGGCCAUGGCUAUGAGAGAAAAGCAGCUGGGUGCCCUCGGCAUGCAUACCAAUGAGAAGGGACAAGUUACGGCUAAAAGUACUAUGAUGCAGCAGUUAGAAGAUCUAGGUGAAGAAACUGGCUUGGUUUGUGUAAUUUGUCGUGAGGGCUAUAAAUUCCAGCCUAACAAGGUUUUAGGAAUAUACACUUUUACCAAGCGGUGUAAUGUUGAGGAAUUUGAAAGUAAGGCACGGAAGACAGUUGGGUAUAGCACUGUCACUCACUUCAAUGUGGUCCAUGUUGACUGUCACAUGAGUGCAGUACGCUUGGCGCGAGGGCGCGAUGAAUGGGAGUCUGCUGCUCUCCAAAAUGCCAAUACCAAGUGUAAUGGAUUGUUACCUCUUUGGGGACCACAGGUUCCAGAAUCUGCCUUUGCUAGUUGUCUUGCAAGACACAAUACCUACUUGCAGGAAUGCACAGGCCACAGAGAUAUCAGCUAUUCCUCAACUGUUCAUGACCUCAAGCUGCUGUUGCUUAGAUUUGCUCAAGAGAAAAGCUUCCAUGAUGACACAGGUGGUGGUGGUCCACAGUCUAAUAUGCACAUAAUUCCAUAUCUUAUUCACAUGGCCCUUUAUGUCAUCAACACAACUCGUUGUGGUGCAAGAGAGGAGAAGACAUUGACAACUUAUGUAGAAACUGCACCUAAUGAAAGAUGGGUUGAAAUGAGCUAUGCUGCUGAUGGGCCAUUGUAUUGGAUGGUGCUGUCAUUGCUCCUACAUUCACCGUCUCGUUGGCAAAGUACAAGAAUUGCUCAUUUGAAACGAGCAAUUGCAACUGCUCAGAUCCGACAUGUGUCACCUGCCCCAUCUGGCGCUAGUGGCAAUGCCAAGUUAGCAGAUUCUUCAAUAAAAGACUAUGCAGUUUAUAAACCAUAUUUAAUUUUCUUUGGUCUGGUUGAUGGAAUUUAUGCCAACUGUUUAAAGAAAGUGUCAAUAUCAGCAUCAGAAGAUCAAUGGCCUUCUGUACUAGCAGAUUAUAUCAGGCAUAAUGAUGAAGCACUUAUCAAAGCAUCUGAGCGCCUCAUGGCUUCAUACCGUGAGGAACUCUUGCCAUGUUCUGCAUUUGAUGAGUUUUGUGAUGUUGCCAAUCUUUUGGAGGAAAUUCCCAACCCAAUGCUGUUCUUGGAAGGAGUUCUUCAAAGCUUGACAUAACACAUCUUUGGGAACCUAGUCUAUAAAGCAUGUAUAUAGUUUUGAACAUGUGACUUAAAUUAUUGUUAUGCAUUAAAAAUUUAAAAGAAGUGAUACUUUAGGUUUUGUGCUAAAUAGCCACAUAUAUUGUGUGCUGAAGACCAAUCCCCAUGUUUUACACCCUUUUCUAACAAUUCUCUGUAUGUUGAAAUUAUAAGGAAAUGUGUUAUUGUACUGUUAUUUUUGUGAUGUUAUUCAUGUACUAUGUUAUUAUUGCAUAUGGAUGACAGUGUGCUACCUGCCUUCCCCAUAAAAAUGUUUUGAAUAAUGUAUAGCUGAUUGGCUACUUGUGGACUUCCUCUUUGUUCUUCAUUUUUAUUUUAACUUAACAGCUUGCAUUUAAGUGCUGUAGCUCAAACGCACUGUGAUGCUUUUGUGUUAUGUGAUUAAGUAUUAUAUGUGCAAUAAUAUUA